UAAUGUACAGUUAGUUGACCGGCGUCAAAAGGUUCGGCAGGUUUGAUAGUUAGUUGUGGUAGUGGGAAACUUGCAGAAACCAUGAGGGAAGAGUAUAAGGCUCCGGAUUUACAGCUUUUGUAUGACAUUGCAAAUAAAUUACGUAUUGACUGCGUGAACGCUACAAAUGCGAGCAAGUCUGGACACCCAACAUCAUGUUCUUCUAUGGCAGAAGCAUUGUCAGUGCUCUUCUUCCAUGUGAUGAGAUACAAACUGUCACGUCCUAGAGAUUCUUCUAGUGAUCGCUUCGUUCUCUCAAAAGGACAUGCUGCUCCCAUUCUGUAUGCAGCAUGGGCUGAGGCUGGUCUCUUUCCAGUAUCAGAUCUACAAAAUCUGCGAAAAAUCGACAGUGACCUUGAAGGUCAUCCAACACCAAGACUAAAUUUUGUUGAUGUUGGAACUGGCUCUUUGGGACAGGGUCUGUCUGUUGCUUGUGGAAUGGCUUACGUUGGCAAGUACUUUGACAAAGCUUCAUACAGGGUAUAUUGUUUGAUUGGAGAUGGAGAGAGUGCAGAAGGAUCCAUUUGGGAAGCACUGCAUUUUGCUAGCUAUUAUAAGUUGGAUAACUUGUGUGUUAUCUUGGAUGUAAAUCGCUUGGGUCAAUCAGAACCCACAUCCCUGCAGCAUAACAUGGAUGUUUACUGGAAACGAUUGGAUGCGUUUGGGUGUAAUGCAAUAGUUGUGGAUGGACACAACGUUGAGGAACUUUGUAAGGCCUUCCAUGAAGCAUCCAUCACAAAAGCAAAACCAACUGCAGUCAUUGCAAAAACAUAUAAAGGAAAGAACUUCCCCACAAUUGAAGAUCAAGAAAACUGGCAUGGAAAGCCAUUGGGUGAUAAAUCUGAAGAAGUGAUUCAGCAUCUGAAGUCCCUGAUAAAAAAUACAGGACCUUUGCAAGUGGCACCUCAGAAACCUUUGAAAGAGGAUGCUCCUAUUGUGGAUAUUGAGGGAGUGAAGUUGUCUUCCCCUCCCAGCUACAAGAUUGGAGAAAAUGUAGCCACAAGAUUUGCUUAUGGUACAGCUCUUGCUAAGAUUGCAUCCAACAACAGUCGUGUCAUUGCCCUCGAUGGUGACACCAAAAAUUCAACUUAUUCAGACAGGCUGAAAAAGGCCUUUCCCGAGCGUUACAUUGAGUGCUUUAUUGCUGAACAGAAUCUUGUUGGAGUUGCUAUUGGAGCCACAUGCAGAAACAGAACCAUUGCCUUUGUGUCAACAUUUGCAACAUUCUUCACUCGAGCCUUUGACCAGAUCCGCAUGGGAGCAAUUUCGGAGACUAAUGUAAACUUUGUUGGAUCCCACUGUGGAGUCAGCAUUGGAGAGGAUGGACCUAGUCAAAUGGGUCUGGAAGAUAUUGCCCUAUUCCGUAGCAUUCCAGGAUCUACUGUGUUUUAUCCCAGCGAUGCAGUUAGCACAGAACGUGCUGUAGAGCUUGCAGCAAACACAAAAGGCAUCUGCUUCAUUCGUACUUCUAGACCCAAUACACCUGUCCUUUAUAAAAAUGAUGAAGUACUUCAGAUUGGGAAGGCAAAAAUUCUUAAGAAGAGUGGUAGCGACAAAGUACUGAUCAUUGGUGCAGGUGUAACAUUGCAUGAAGCCAUAACUGCAGCGAAUGAACUUGCCAAGGUUUCUAUCGAUGUCCGUGUGUUGGAUCCAUUCACUGUGAAACCUCUUGAUUCUGAAACGAUCAUUGUUAAUGCCAAGGAAUGUGGUGGAAGAAUCCUCACUGUUGAGGACCACUAUCCACAAGGUGGCUUGGGUGAAGCAGUACUUAGUGCAGUGGCUGAAGAAAAGAACAUUAUCGUGAAGAAACUGGCUGUAAGUGAAGUGCCCAGAUCAGGUCCUCCGGCAGUCCUCUUGGAGAAAUAUGGAAUUAGCUCCAAAAAUAUUGUGAAUGCUGUGCAACAGUUAAUUAUAUAAUUCUUUUGCCAUUUCUAUCAUGGUAUAAGCUAAAUAUGCAACCGUUCAACUCAGAAAAGAAUAUGCAAUACAGUCGCAGUGUGACAACACGUGUCUUGAAAAGGUGUCUUUUGUAGGCAUAUCGUUCCUUUAUAACUGAUUUCAUUAUGCAUGCAUUAUUAAGCAUCAGUAUGAACUGCACUAGUAGUAAUGUGCAGUACAUUAUAAGUAUAUGCAACACUCUCAACAUGAUAUUAAUGUAAUAUUUCUGUGGGGUUGCUUUAAUGGAUUGUCAUAGCCAUUGGGUCCCCAAGGGAAACAUUAAUGCAGUUUGCACUGGAUUUAUUUCUGUUCAAGAAGUAUAAGUAUAAUUAACCUUUAAUGUACGGACUUUUAAAUUGCUGGUAGCCCUCUGCGGCCGGUAUUUAAUUAACCCUAAUUAAUUAACAUUGGAAAUGUCGAGAAAAAAUCCAUAUUUUCCGUUCCAUGCAACAUAGAAAUACAAACUAA